CAUCAUUUAUUAUGAUUUUAAAUUUAUAUAUUGUUUACCACGACCUUUAACUGUAUACUUAUUACGAUUUUCAUAUUUAAUCAAAACAAAACAGUGCAAAAGAGAAGGUUUUCUCCAAAUGAUCAAAGAUGAAGAUGGGGAAGGAUGUAACAUAUAUGGAUUCUUGGAUGUCAAUAAGGUAGCUGGUAAUUUCCAUUUUGCCCCUGGCAAGAGUUUCCAACAGUCCAAUGUGCACGUUCAUGACCUGCUAGCCUUUCAAAAGGACAGUUUUAAUAUAAGUCACACGAUCAACAGAUUAGCAUUCGGAGACUACUUCCCGGGUGUAGUCAAUCCUCUCGAUGGUGUGGAAUGGAUACAACAGACACCAAAUGCAAUGUAUCAGUAUUUCCUCAAGGUUGUGCCAACUGUAUUCACAGAUGUCAAUGGACAUGCUAUCCAGUCGAAUCAGUUCUCUGUAACCGAACAUGUUAAAGGAUCAGAAUUGGGUCGACUUCAAACUCUUCCCGGAGCAUUCUUUUUUUACGACCUUUCACCAAUUAAGGUGUGUAACUUCACAGAGACGCACGUUUCGUUCUUGCACUUCUUGACGAAUGUCUGUGCCAUUGUUGGAGGUGUAUUCACAGUAUCGGGAAUCAUCGACUCGUUCGUAUAUCAUGGUCAAAAAGCAAUUAAAAAGAAAAUGGAAAUAGGUAAGUUCAGCUGAUUAUUGAUGCUUGUACAAUGUCGCAUGGUGCUUUUGGGAUCGAAAUUCGCUUGCCAGAGAAAACCAUUCCCUUCAAAAACAGAACGGUACUCGUACAACGGUACAGGUUUUUCCCUGCUAAGUGUUAUCGAACAACUUCACGGUCGCAGCUACAUUAGUUUUGUGAUAUUUGUUAAUUGAAUAGAUUAAUAAUUGUAGCAAUUGUUUCAUAGUUUCUGGUUCUGUCUUAUUUUGGCAAUAGAUUUUUGUGACUGUAUUUAUACUAGUUUUGAUAUUUAAUCUCAUUUAAUCUGCUUCAGAAGCAACUUUGAUAAUGCUAUUUGUUUGCCCCUUUGGUGUAUAGAUGGAAAGUUCAGCUAGGCCUCGUUUGGUUAGGGAGAUUUGUCAUCCUUAACUACAUAGUUGGAUUUUGUUUGAUGUUUGGUAUCCUCAAUAACUUGCCGGGUCGACCCGCAAAUAUUAUAUUA